CAGCCACCUGCCGCAGCUCUGCCCACCUACUCACCAUCACAAACACCUCCUCCAUCAUAACACCUUGACGGAACCUCUUUCCUUUGCAUUCUUCUUUCAGUUUCAUCAGUUUCUGAGCUUAUCGUCCUUUUAUCGUCGUUGAUCGCCAUGAAGACGGCAAUCCUCCUUGCAGCGGGUUCGCUGCUGGGCUCCGCCUCUGCCGGUGUCCACAAGAUGAAGCUCAAGAAGAUCCCUCUGUCCGAACAGCUUCAAUACGCAAACUUCCAGGAGCAGGCGAAGGCCCUGGGCCAGAAGUACAUGGGCGUCAGGCCUGAGACGCAUGCUGAGCAAGUGUUCAAAGCUCCUUACAUCGCGGAUGGAACGCACCCAGUUCCAAUCACCAACUUCUUAAACGCCCAGUACUUCUCCGAGGUCUCUCUUGGUACCCCCCCACAAGAGUUCAAGGUCAUUCUCGAUACUGGAAGCUCGAAUCUUUGGGUUCCUUCCUCAGAGUGCAACUCCAUCGCUUGCUACCUUCACACUAAAUACGACCACUCCUCAUCCUCGACUUACAAGAAGAAUGGAUCUUCGUUUGAGAUCCGUUAUGGCUCAGGCGAACUCAGUGGUUACGUAUCGGAAGACAUCUUCCAGAUUGGAGAUUUGAAGGUGAAGAACCAGCUCUUCGCUGAAGCUACCUCUGAGCCGGGUCUCGCUUUUGCCUUCGGCCGGUUCGAUGGCAUCAUGGGGCUAGGCUACGACACUAUCAGUGUGAAUAAGAUCCCCCCUCCUUUCUACAACAUGCUCGACCAGGGCUUGUUGGACGAUCCUCUUUUUGCCUUUUAUCUUAGUGACACAAGCAAUGGCGACGACUCCGAGGUCACUUUUGGAGGCAUCAACAAGAACCACUACACCGGAGAGCUUACCAAAAUCCCCCUGAGGCGUAAAGCUUAUUGGGAGGUCGAUCUUGAUGCGAUCACUUUCGGCAAAGACACUGCUGAGAUGGACGACACUGGUGUUAUACUUGACACUGGCACUUCUCUUAUUGCCCUUCCUUCCACUAUCGCAGAGCUUCUGAACAAGGAGAUUGGCGCUAAGAAGUCGUUCAAUGGACAGUACACCGUUGAGUGCGAUAAGCGCGAUGGUCUGCCCGAUUUGACCUUUACGCUCACUGGUCACAACUUUACUAUUGGCCCCUAUGACUACAUCCUGGAAGUCCAGGGUUCGUGUAUUUCUGCGUUCAUGGGUAUGGAUUUUCCCGAGCCCGUGGGCCCGCUUGCUAUUCUCGGAGACGCUUUCCUGAGGAAAUGGUACUCGGUCUACGACGUCGGCAGCUCCAGCGUUGGUCUUGCGAAAGCAAAAUAAUUGAAUGGAACAGUCUGGUGCACCAGAUAUCAUAGUAAAUGGAGGAGACAACGGGCCAUCUCUCUGUUCUCAUAACUGCUCUCGAUUCAAAUUGUAGCUUAGGAAGCUGUUUCUUUGGCGUCUGUCUCGCUCUAGCUUCCUUUUGGAAUAGGGCUCCAUGUACUAAUAGGCAAGCUGCAGAUGACUUGAACAAAUGCUAGAUAGUGCUUUAAA